AUGAUCAAUUCCUUCAUUUUCUGCGUGAUCAUCAUGGCCAUCACAGAGGGGAGGAAGUUCGGAGCCUUUAUGAAGUUGGCAUCGACCAACAACGUGGUGUUGUUGAAUCUGAUCUACUCUGGCCUUUGGUUCUAUGCAUACAACGAGCUAGCAACCUUUACCAUCAAGAAGACAAAUGCGGUAACGUCGUCAGUGGCAAACACUGCGAAGCGCGUUAUCGUCAUCGUUGGCGUUGCACUUGUGAUGCACGAGAGCCUCUCACCCCUGAAGCUUAUAGGCUGCAGUAUUGGCAUUGGCGGUGUGUUCCUGUACUCUGUUAUUGACGACUUGCUCAAGAAGUGA